AUGAAUAUAUAUAUCAUUGUGGGAUGUUUUAUUCUACUUUUCUUGAGCCCCCUCUGCAUGGGCUAUACAUUAGAUGAAGCUCAAACUGAAAAGCAGAGAGUUAUCCAAAUUAUGCAAAGCUCCCCGGAUGUUCAAGACAAAAUCAGAAAUACACCAAACUUAGUGGCUCUAUAUAAUCGGGUUUCACCCUAUAUGCCUACCAGACAAAGGCAGAUGUUGGACAGACUUGUCGCCACGCAUACGGAUGCUAUAUUGGUGGAUGGUGUGCCAAGUCAGGGAGGACGCAAGAGCAAAUAUGCAGCCAAAGUGCUAUCGACUGUAGCUCGAGAGACGGCAGUUGGAUUUUUUAAUGAACUGGGUGGAGCAGUCUACAAUUGGUUACUUAGUUUGGUUCAAGGGGAUUCGAACAGCAAGAAAAAUAUGUUAUGA